CGUUUAGGACAAAUAUUUUAAUAUUUCCUGCAUAUUUGACCGAAACAAAGUUCUGUCAAGUGAUUCAACAUGCCUAAAUAUCAUGUGCUAGUCCAUAUAGGAUACACGUUUCACUUUACACUUGCGAUGCUAAUCAAAAAUCGUCUCUAUUGAUUCGCAUGUAGGUGAAACCCUUGAAACUCUAUUUUUUCAGUUCUGCGUUGAGACAAUUUAGAGGCCUUCUGUAGGUAUACAGUUUUCAAUGUGUCGAUCUUGUAAGCCAUCAUCAACCGCUUGGACGCUAAUGGGACCUGUGGACUUGGUGUUUUGUUGAGACACGCAAAGGUUUUUUUAGUUGGUGCUCAGGCAAAUUUAGCUAUGUCAUUUUGAACUGAUGGAGCUUAAUUAACAAGCGUCGAUAACCACCUUUUGGUGGUUGGAUUGCAAUUAAUUUCAAUCAUUAGAUGGAGAGGGAAUUUAAUGUCUAGACUAUCUAUCAUCUUUAGAUAUAUUCUGUGGCUACAGACUUAUCAGUUCACGUAUACUUAAAUCCUUUAAACCUCGUUCGUCGCUAAGAUUCUUGGACGGACAGAAUUGGCCUUAUUUUUAACUGCUUCCACUCAAAAUGAAAAUGACCAUUUUUCUAAAACUGUGGUGUUUGACCAUUUCAGACAGUCUUUUGAUUGUGGAGACGAUUGAUAUCUCACCUAGGGACACGUUCAGGUGACCACAGAAACAAAAGGAUGGUGGGACAGAUGUCCCAGAAUAUUUGUGGUCAUUAUUUUAGGAGCAAUUGACGCCAUUUGAAUAAGGCUCAUAAACAGUGAUCAUAGCUGCAUUGAUAAUAAUUACUCGGAUGAAACCAAAAUUUAAGAGAGAAAUUGUCGAGAUGUGGUUAAAUUUGGAGAACUAUUGAUACGAAUUAAAAUGUUUGUUUUCCCGCUGACAAAACAAUUUUUAUUUCUUGUGCGGAGUAUUGAUCUUAGCUCUUAAACCUUUUUUAGCGUUUGUACACAAAGCAAUAAGGGUUGGCGUCUCUCGAAUACUUGCAAUGCAUUACACUGGCAUUAUACCGUUUUCGGUAACAUUUCAAAGCGUUGUAGUUCAUCAGGAUGAUUGUUGAUGAGAACCUUUUACUUGGGUAUUUCUUUUCAGUUAUUGAAAUUUUAAUUUGAUCAGUUGAUUUUUGAUUUUAGCCUUUGUAACCAAUUCGAUCGGCCUCUCAUUUCACUCGACAAGAAAACGCGAAACCCUUUGCAUCAGUUUUUCUCUGUCUCUGUCAGGUGAAGUUAAGAAAAAAGUAUGUUAAAAUGACACUGACUCGCAUUAAUAAGCAUCUUCUGAAGUCCACCAAGGCUUAAAACAGGCCUUCUCCGAGGGUUCAGUAUUAAUUUUCUCACAUUUCAUCGUUUUCUUUUUUAUUUUUUUUUGUUUUAAUUUCUUGCCAUAAAGCCUUGUCAUUGCUAGUAACUUGUUCUAAGGGCCAAGGUAGGAUGCUACCUAUCACUUCCAGAUUUGACAUCAUAUGACAAUAUUUUUUGGGGGGAAGAAGGGAUUUAUCGAAAAGGGGGAAGGGAGGUUUCCCCACCUUUAUGUUACGAGUGCACUGGAGGUAGAAAAGAUGGCCGUCAAAUUCAAGCUGGCACUUAUCAUCUUCGUUAACGUUGGUUUUAUCGUUUCUACUGAGGGUCGUUCUGUUAAAGAGGACAGUUCAGAUCUUGAGGCCCAUGACGUGUCCGUGAUGAUGGAAAAACGAGGAUCAAAAGUGUGCAUAAAUAGGAACGAGGAGUACAAAUCAGGCACGACCGUUAAUAUCGCUGUGGCCCCGAAGUAUGAUCGCUGUGAUAAAUGUAAAUGCAUCAAAGGAAAAUUCCGAAAAUGCACAAAGUUAUACAGUUGUCAUGUAGCUGAUCAGUGCAAGGUGGAGGACUAUGUAUGGCGGCCUGGCAGUUGCUGCCCUGAGUGCAAGCAAAAAGAUUGUUCCGAUGAUAGAGAAGUUGGCGAAAGAUGGGAGAGGUUAGUGCGUUUGCCAGGGGGUAAGAAGAAAGGCAUCUGUUCUUUAUGCGAAUGCAGAGCAGAUGGUAAAGAGUUUUGUGAAGACAAUCUUUUGUUAUGCUUCAAACCAGAAGGAUGCCUAGAGACUGAAAUGAAGCCGGAUCACUGCUGUCCUCAGUGCAAAACUCGGGCAACAGCGAUGACUACAGCACAACCCACCUUUAUGAUAGUGGAAGGUACGGAGGAAUCUUCGCUUCCGUUUCCAUUUGGCUUCGAUGCCAAUACGGAGCAAGACUGAUAAGAACAGGUAAAUUGACCUUUGACGGUCUAUCUCUGAGCCUCCACGAUGUCGUGAAAAAGUGUAAACGCAUUUUCUGGAAGCAUCGUGAUGGAGAAUCGAGCUUAAACAGGUCACUUUUGUGAGAACUGUGCAAAAUAUGGAAAUAAAG